AUGACCCGCGUCUCGCUUCUCACCCAUAUCAGUGCUCGUGCUGAAGAGAUUGCCCGCGAUCCGAGUGUGUUCCUUACAGCAGCGAUUCUCAAAGCCUAUGUUGAGCUCCAAUCUCUCCUCCAUCAACCGUCCUCAUUCCCGGAUAUCUUCAACCUCUACGCCAAUAAACCCAUCCCAUCAUUAUCCAACGGCAACCUCGCAUUCUCUCCUUCCUCUCCCAACAAAGUCUCGGCCGCAAUCGACCCCAACACAGCCAACCUCGCCCUGGCAUCCGCCACCUCUGCCCACGACCUCGGCCUCGCCAUCGACAUCAUAACCACAAGCUUCUGCACAAAAGCUUUCAAACGCGCUAAAUUCCUCCGCCGCGCCGCCUUGCCGAUGUUUGGCCUCGGCAUCGCCCCAAUUGCAGCCUACAGUCUCUCCAAUUCCUAUUCCAACUGGCAACAAACCAUGGACGCGCAAAUGGCAACGCAUAUCGCGUUCGCGGGGAUCAUGACGUAUGUCAGUGCGGUGAGCAUGGUGGGCUAUGUGGCGGUCACGACGGCAAACGACCAGAUGGAUCGGGUGACGUGGGCUCAGGGCGUGCCGCUUUGGGAGAGAUGGGUGCGGGAGGAGGAGAGGGCGGCGAUCGAUAGUGUGGCGCAGGCUUGGGGGUUUACGGAGGCGGAGAAGAGGGGUGAUGAGGAGGGAGAGGAGUGGGAUGCGUUGCGGGAGUGGGUGGGUGUCAGGGGUAUGGUGUUGGACAAGGUCAGUUUGAUGGAGGGGAUGGAGUGA